CAGCGCUAGAGCGGCCGGCGGGAGGAGUAGAGUCGUCGGGGCCGGAGCCUGGCAGGAGCCGGGCUAGAGCGGCUGGCAGGAGGAGUGGAGCUGGGCGCAAAGGUGGACUCAGGGCGGCUAGAGCGACGCGGCGGCAGGGGUGGGGAGAGUGCGGAGCCGGCGCGCGGAGGCUUCGGUUCCGGUGGCGGUGGUGGCUUUUCUUUCCACCUGGAGCAGCCCUGCAGAGCCCAGGGAGAUGGAAGACGUUGCCCGAGGGGCGGCCUCCCCAGGCCCCUCCCGGCCUGGCCUGGUUCCCGUCAGCAUCAUCGGGGCAGAGGAUGAGGAUUUUGAGAACGAGCUGGAGACGAACUCAGAAGAGCAAAACAGCCAGUUCCAGAGCCUGGAGCAGGUGAAGCGGCGCCCAGCCCACCUCAUGGCCCUCCUGCAGCACGUGGCCCUGCAGUUUGAGCCAGGACCCCUGCUUUGCUGUCUGCAUGCCGACAUGCUGGGCUCACUGGGCCCCAAGGAGGCCAAGAAGGCCUUCCUGGACUUCUAUCACAGCUUCCUGGAGAAGACAGCGGUUCUGCGGGUGCCAGUCCCUCCCAAUGUCGCCUUUGAACUUGACCGCACUCGGGCUGACCUCAUCUCUGAGGAUGUCCAGCGGCGGUUCGUGCAGGAGGUGGUGCAAAGCCAGCAGACAGCCGUGGGCCGGCAGCUGGAGGACUUCCGCUCCAAGCGGCUCAUGGGCAUGACGCCCUGGGAGCAGGAGCUGGCCCAGCUGGAGGCUUGGGUUGGGCGAGACCGAGCCAGCUACGAGGCCCGGGAGCGGCACGUGGCGGAGCGACUGCUCAUGCACCUGGAGGAGAUGCAACAUACCAUCUCUACCGAUGAAGAAAAGAGUGCUGCCGUGGUCAACGCCAUUGGCGUGUACAUGCGCCACCUUGGGGUGCGGACCAAGAGUGGGGACAAGAAGUCGGGGAGGAACUUCUUCCGGAAAAAGGUGAUGGGGAACCGGCGGUCGGACGAGCCUGCCAAGACCAAGAAGGGGCUGAGCAGCAUCCUGGAUGCCGCCCGCUGGAACCGGGGAGAGCCCCAGGUUCCAGAUUUUCGACACCUCAAAGCAGAGGUUGAUGCUGAGAAGCCAGGUGCUACAGACCGGAAGGGAGGCCUGGGGAUGCCCUCUCGGGACCGGAAUGUUGGGGCUCCUGGGCAGGACACCCCUGGAGUCUCUCUGCACCCUCUGUCCCUGGACAGCCCAGACCGGGAACCAGGUGCCGACGCCCCCCUGGAGCUGGGGGACUUAUCCCCGCAGGGCCCAAUGAGCCUGGAGCCCCCGGCGCCCCCAGAGAGUACCGAUGAGGGGGCCGAAACCGAGAGCCCUGAGCCUGGAGAUGAGGGGGAGCCGGGGCGGUCAGGACUGGAGCUUGAACCAGAAGAGCCUCCCGGCUGGCGGGAACUUGUCCCACCAGACACCCUGCAUAGCCUGCCCAAGAGCCAGGUGAAGCGGCAGGAGGUCAUCAGCGAGCUGCUGGUGACAGAAGCGGCCCACGUGCGCAUGCUGCGGGUGCUGCACGACCUCUUCUUCCAGCCCAUGGCGGACGGCCUCUUCUUCUCCCUGGAGGAGCUGCAGAACAUCUUCCCCAGCCUGGACGAGCUCAUCGAGGUGCAUUCCCUGUUCCUCGAUCGCCUGAUGAAGCGGAGGCAGGAGAGUGGCUACCUCAUCGAGGAGAUCGGAGACGUGCUGCUGGCCCGGUUUGAUGGUGCUGAGGGCUCCUGGUUCCAGAAAAUCUCCUCCCGCUUCUGCAGCCGCCAGUCGUUUGCCUUAGAGCAGCUCAAAGCCAAGCAACGCAAGGAGCCUCGGUUCUGUGCCUUCGUGCAGGAAGCUGAGAGCCGCCCACGGUGCCGCCGUCUGCAGCUGAAGGACAUGAUUCCCACGGAGAUGCAGCGGCUGACCAAGUACCCCCUGCUUCUGCAGAGCAUCGGGCAGAACACAGAAGAGCCCACGGAACGGGAGAAAGUGGAGCUGGCAGCCGAGUGCUGCCGGGAAAUUCUGCACCACGUCAACCAAGCCGUGCGUGACAUGGAGGACCUGCUGAGGCUCAAGGACUAUCAGCGGCGCCUGGACUUGUCCCACCUUCGGCAGAGCAGCGACCCCAUGCUAAGCGAGUUCAAGAACCUGGACAUCACCAAGAAGAAAUUGGUCCACGAGGGCCCACUGACGUGGCGGGUGACAAAGGACAAGGCUGUGGAGGUGCAUGUGCUGCUGCUGGAUGACCUGCUGCUGCUGCUCCAGCGCCAGGAUGAGCGGCUGCUGCUCAAGUCCCAUAGCCGGACGCUGACGCCCACGCCCGACGGCAAGACCAUGCUGCGGCCUGUGCUGCGGCUCACCUCUGCCAUGACCCGCGAGGUGGCCACCGAUCACAAAGCCUUCUACGUCCUUUUUACCUGGGACCAGGAGGCCCAGAUAUACGAGCUGGUGGCACAGACUGUCUCGGAGCGGAAGAACUGGUGUGCCCUCAUUACCGAGACUGCCGGAUCCCUGAAAGUUCCUGCCCCUGCCUCUCGCCCUAAGCCCCGGCCCAGCCCGAGCAGCACCCGAGAACCCCUCCUCAGCAGCUCUGAGAACGGCAAUGGUGGCCGAGAGACGUCUCCGGCUGAUGCCCGGACCGAGAGAAUCCUCAGUGACCUCCUGCCCUUCUGCAGACCAGGCCCCGAGGGCCAGCUCGCUGCCACGGCCCUUCGGAAAGUGCUGUCCCUGAAGCAGCUUCUGUUUCCGGCGGAGGAAGACAAUGGGGCGGGGCCUCCUCGAGAUGGGGAUGGGGUCCCAGGGGGCGGCCCCCUGAGCCCAGCACGGACCCAGGAAAUCCAGGAGAACCUGCUCAGCUUGGAGGAGACCAUGAAGCAGCUGGAGGAGCUGGAGGAGGAAUUUUGCCGCCUGCGACCCCUCCUGUCUCAGCUUGGGGGGAACUCUGUCUCCCAGCCUGGCUGCACUUGAGGUCCCUGUCCAGGAAGGCCUUUUGCAAGAAGGAGAGGAAUGGGGGAGAGGACGUGAGGGACCACCCCCACCCACACAGCUGCCGCAGCAUCUCACACCCUGAGGGCCUGAGGAGAGGGAGCUGUGGGCCACGCCUGGGAGGGGCCCAGCUGGGGUCACUGGCCCUGCAUGAGCCUCGGCCAUCUCUCCCUCCUGCCCUCUGCUUGGGGGACUCAGGGCUUCAUUCCGGAGGGCACCACGGUGACCCGGGCCAUCUCAGUAUUGCCUGUGGGGGCCACCCCUCCACUCCCCACCCCCAAGUGCCUUCGCUCUGUUUUUAUACCCUGAAUUGGAGGUUUAUUUUUUAAUAUAUAUUAUCUAAGAAGA